AAACAUUUGCGUUCAACAUUUUUCAAACAAUAGAUAAAAAGGGGAGAAGAUGGAUCACGCAGAUUUGGUGGCAGAGCUAAGCGAAAUCGAAAAAAUGACACCGGCUGAACGGAUCGCUUUGGCACGUGAACGAAGAAGGAUACAACUAAGAAAUUGGGAUGAACGUGAAAAACAGAUGACACCAACACUUCCCCGUCAUCAGCGUUUGAAGUUCAGUCCAGAAGUAGCUUUAUUAGAAGCAACAAGUCGAGGAGACUCCGUGGAAGGAAUUAUUUACAAAUCGUAUUCCGGACUUGAAGUAUGA